GAGUUUUAGGGUAGACUGGGUACAGUUGAGACACUUUUUGUGUUUUAAUUUUUCACACAAAAAUAGAUACUGAAAAGACGUGAAUUUCCACAUGACAUGCCACAUGACAUUUCAUUAGCUUGUAGACUAAGAUAUUAUCAAUCAAUAUUACUCAUAAGUAGUUUAUAUUUUCCACAAUUAGCUCAUAUUGUCUUGUCAUCUCUUGUAUUGUCUGCAGAGAUGACUACCCAGAACCCCCGCGUGUCACGUUAGGUCAAGGGAAGUUGAUCUCUGGUCUGGAUGAAGGUUUGCAGGGAAUGUGUGUGUUAGAGAGGAGAGAGAUCACUGUGCCACCCCACCUCGCACAUGGCACCAAUGGAGCCUUGGGUGUACCCAGCAGUGCAGUGUUGCUGUUUGAGCUGGAACUACUACAGCUACAGAAGGGUGUUCCUGAGGGCUUUUUGUUCAUCUGGCUUCAGAAGAGUCCUGAGCCACUGUUUCCUGUCAUCGAUAUGAACCAAGACCAGGAGGUCCCACUGGAGGAGUUUUCAGCAUUCAUUAUGCUACAGGUGGCUGAAGGCAGAGGCCGCAUACAUCCAGGAAUAGACAGCGACACUGUCCUAAAGGAUAUGUUCAAAAAUCAAGAUCUCAACACAGAUGGCAAGAUAUCUGAAGAUGAACUGAACAUCACAGUAAAUGAGGAAGAUAAAGUGCCUAUACAUGAGGAGCUUUAAGGGUAACACACUAUUUUGUAUAAUUCAGGUAUCAUCAAUUGUAAAUGGCUGAAUAGUUCACCCUUGGUCAAGAGGAUCCAUAGGUUAGGUAAUGGAAAAGGUUCCAAUGACAAAUUGCACUAUAAAAAAUACACUUCUAGUUGUAGUGUUUAAGAAGUAGCCGCAUUAGAAGAUCAUAAGUGACAUUUAUGUCUUUUUUUUCUGUCUAUUAACUACAUAUGCCGCGUUUCCACCGCAGGAACUUUCCAAAGGAACUAGGAACUUUGGGGUGGUACUCGGUGUGUUUACACCGCAGGAACCAGGGUCUAAAUGAAGUUCUGGGUAAAAAUUUCCCCCAGAGAAAGUCCCUGCUGGCGAGGUAGUACUUUUUCAGAGUUCGGGAACUUUCGGUGAGGGUCUUGUGCGCUGAACAUGCUGAUUGGUUCUUACCACUUGUUCUCUCUGCCCGAUAGCGCACAUUCUUCCCAUCCAUCUCACGGUCAAUGUCCACUGAUAACAACCGUCUGCUUUUAUAUCUAGCAUGAGAAGCUUUCUGAAUACGCUUUGGGUGCUCGUCUCAUUUCUGCCUUUUUGUUAAUUACCCAGUGGUGGAAAAUAACUAAUUACAAAUACUUUCGUUACAGUACUUGAGUAGAUUUUCAUUUUUUCUACUUUCUUGAGUAUAUUUAAAUUGUGGUACUUUUACUCUUACUUGAGUAAAAUAAAAAUGAAGUAUUCAACUUCUCUACAUUUAUAUUUCAUAAAAUGUACAAAGUACUUUGACAAAGGUACCGACGGAGCAAAAGGGCAAGCUGACAUUUGACAGACACUUUUUUAAAACUACUGCGGUGGAGCCCUGUGCUUCAGCCAAUAACAGACAUAUCUGAAGCCCUUCAGCCAAUAACAGACAGGUCUGACUCGGGUGCAAAACCAAUCAAAACCUCCAGUUCGGCUGGGCGUUCAAAUUGCGCUUUGACAUUAAAUCACUGGCGCUUGUGUUUUCAAUCUGUAUCGCUAACGUUUCAAUAUUUCAGUGAAUGUAAGUGAGUAUCCUGCUCAUAUUUAAUUAUGGCAACUACUGAAAUGGGUUAUACAAUUGAUAAUACCAGAGCACUAAGCAGUUGAAGUAAAUAAAAAAGCUUGGCUCAUAACAUGGACGCAGUUAUUGCAUGGAUGGAGCAAGAUCAAUGUAAGUGUCUAAAAUACAUGCACACAGUUCAAUUAAUGUUAAAGCUCACCUGUUUAACAAUACAGUUAAACUAAAUAUAUAAAGCAAACUUUGUAAAAAGCUAAAAAAAAAAAACAGUGAAA